UCAGAAUUUUCAGGCGUGUCCCAACCAUUUUCUGAAUCUGAUAGUUCCUCAACGUUUUCUUUUAUGAAUGAAGAUAAGAUUUCUUCUACAUGUUCUGAUGAUGUGCUACUUGAAUCGUCUCUUGGGCUACUUGAAGGAGUAGGACCUGUCAGUCUACUUAGCAGUGUUCUUGGUGAUGUGCCCAGUAGUGCUCUUGGUGGUGCUUUUGGUAGUGCUUUUGGUACUGCUCUUGGUGCCGCUCUUGGUAUCACUCUUGGUGGUGCUCUUGGUGGUGCCCUUGGUGGUAUGUUUGGUGGUGUGUUCAGUGGUAAUGCCUAUAGUAGUGGUGCUCCUGGUAGUCUCGAUAGUGGUGUUUUCAAUACUGGUGUUCUUG